AUGUUCAUGCACCCUGCCGUACGUAAGGGUUUUAUCACUGAACCAACUUCUGUCCCGUUCUUCAACCACCAGGAUCCCAUUUGCAUACAAGACGACCAACUCCUACCUGAAUAUUCACACGAGGCCCUGUAUCACCAGCCACGACUUCAGACCCCUUUCCAAUAUCACCCAGACUUGCAGUUCGUUUCUCCGCCGUCUUCCGCCCCAUCCUCUCCCACCUCCUCUCCCGCCUCGAUCAUUUCCCACUACCCAACCACGGCGGUGGCCGCGGAUUACUCUUCUGCUGUCUUCGACAGCAACUCCUUCGAGGCACCUUCGAUGACCCCUUCCUCCUCAUAUAACCCCACGAUCAGCUACCAACCUUCGGCCUCACCACAAUCCUCCCAGCCCUACUUCUACCAACCAUACUACGACGAUAACGCCCAAAUGCUGGCGCAACAUUCCGCCCCGAACAACCACGGGUGGGAUGGGAACCUGCAGUUGCUGAACGCUGCUCGCAUUCAAAAUAACCUAUCGCGCAUGUCCCAGUACAAUAAUGACUCGCAUUUGAAAGUCGCUUCCAGUCCCUCCAGCCGAUCAGCGCCGGCCGGCAGCUCCUAUCAGAGGCUCAACGGCCAGUCGAAGCCACUUCCCACCCCAUCUCAGACUCCAGUGCAGAACUCGCUUCUUGCAAGUUCAUUCCAGGACGGUAGUUCAGCUGACGCAGAAGCCGCUAUGAGGCGGGCUGUUAUGGAGCAACAGCAGAAGCAGCAGCAGCAGCAGCAGCAGCAGCAAUACCAGCCUCGCCACCAGCACCAGUCCAGCGAUUAUUCAGUGUCGACUGUGAGCCAGAACUCCCCAGUCACUCCGCAGACAGGCUUCGAUGAACUCGACGAGUCAUCGAAGACCACCAAUGACUUCGUCCAUCAAACUCCGAACACGUUGACAAUUGGCAUUCCCAAGCUGAACCGGACCAUCUCUGAUAUUUACCAAGAUGAGCUGUACAACCCGGCUUUGAUGCCUACGCCACAGGUCCCCAAGCAGCCCACUAAUCAGCAAAAUAUGCUUGCUCCGGCAUACCACAGCACCAUUGCUGAUAGACUGCAGGCUGCGAAUCAGGGUCACCUGUCUGCGCGGUCACAGUCUCCUAUGGGAAGCCUGCAGCGAGAUCGCUCUCCUUUCCGACAGAACUCUCCAAUGGCUGCGGAGUACAAUAGCGCUGCUUUGCAUCACCCUCAAAUGGCGACCAGUGUGCCUGGACCACAAAAUGGUGUGAGCAUGGCCUCGUCAUCGCAGAACGAGCCGAAAACGAUGUCUCCCAAGGAUGCACUGUUGGAUUACCAUGAGGGCGAUGACUCUGAUCUGCACGCACCUGGAAUGCCGCUGUUUCCCCCCUCAUCCCAGCCCGAUUUCAAUCUGGGCGAUGCGCUGAGUGGAUUGCGUCGCGAAAGCUCUUCCUCUUACCAACCCACCCAGAACUUCACUUCCAUGGAGGCUUUCCCCGCACAAUAUGCCACUCAUGUGUCUGGGCAGCAAUAUCCUUUUGGCCAACAGCAGCAGAAUUCCCACCAGCAACAGUCUAAACAGAACAGCCUCCUUCAUCAGACUCCUGAGUUCCCUGCCUCACUGCCACGAUUUGAGUCCACUGGCAGCGAAAUUCUUCCUACGACCGAGUUGACAUCUCCUCGUGGACAGCCAAGAAUGGCCAUCCAGCCUGUCAAGGCGGAAAUUGCUCGACCUGACAACACCUCGUCUGACAGUGGGACCUACACCUGCACCUAUCACGGUUGCACUCUACGGUUCGAAACGCCCGCUAAGCUACAGAAGCACAAGCGUGAGGCGCAUCGCCAGACCACUCCUGGUGGGCACCUUGCCGGGCGCGACAAUUCGGCCCGGAACUCUCAGGCGGGUCCUCACAAGUGUGAACGCAUCAACCCCUCUACGGGCAAGCCGUGCAACUCGAUAUUCUCUCGUCCCUACGAUUUGACCCGCCACGAGGAUACGAUCCACAACGCUCGCAAGCAGAAGGUUCGGUGUCACUUGUGCACGGAAGAGAAGACCUUUUCUCGCAAUGAUGCGCUCACCCGGCACAUGCGCGUGGUGCACCCUGAGGUCGACUGGCCCGGCAAGCAGCGUCGGAGAGGCAGGGAGUAA